GCUGGCGACGAUGACGAAGAUGAAGACUCGAUUUUCAAGCACCCUCCAAAAUUGGAUCGUAGGAUGCUGUCAGCGAAGAAUAACGAAGAAAUGUCUAAAAUAAUUAAAAAGAACAUUCCAAGCACAGUCACUAUUAACCUACGAGAAACCUUGACACCGACAGAAGCUUCCACGGCUGCUGAAAUCUGGGUGCUUCGUAUGUUUAACAAUCACAUUGUGGUUGCGUCACAGCGUGUCAGCCAGUACGAGUACAAAUUCAUUUUUGCUGAUGGCUCCAGGGUCUGGGAUGCGAAGCCGUUUUUGUUGGACAGAGAUGAAAUAGUUUCGGUGAAAAUCGAAGGAGUCACUUACAAAGCGAAAGGAGCAACUCUGCAGUCGUCAGAAAAAGAGCUGUAG